CAGAUUCUGAAAUAACCCGCGACCGUUGAGGCUUUGCUUCCCUACCUGUUAAGUUCUUGUUUGUUUUGUUGAUAAAGAAAACCAGGUAUGCUUGGCUUGAGGCCUCCCAAAAAGCUGGGUUUCCUUCCAAACGUUUUACAAAUAGCGAGAAUUGCGUCCUCUCUUCGCCCGGUAAAGAAAAUUUGGUAAUUACCAAUGCUUCACUGAGAUAGCAUGUCUGAACGACAAGAAUAUGCUCGUGAAAGCUCCAGCUCAAGUCAGGACCGUGAGCAUGAGAUGACAAUUGCCCAAAUCUUAUCGGAUGAAAAUCACAAAGUCAAUAGAAGCCUUGGGAAGCGUUUAUCUCACUUGAAUUCCAUCAAACUUACUCCUCGAAUUAAUGGAAAAAUACCAGACAUUAAUAAUGCAACUUUGGACCAUGAAAGGCUCUCCGAGAGUUUUAUAAGUUUUUCUAAUUUCUCCCCUCUCAACAAUUAUGCUGAACUUGCCAAGUCUGGUAAUAGGGGAGAUCAUGUCAACACACUGGCAAAGCAAACAGCAGAUCGGUUUGCUGCCAAAAUUUGCUUGCUUACAUCAUUCAAGGAUAACUGUCUUAUUGAAAUUGUUCCCAAGGAAAAAAGUCCUUCUAAAGAGCUCUGGCUGAGCUUCUGGAGCGAAGUGCAUUAUAAUUCCUUAUAUGGAACCGAUGAUUUACCUGGUAGGAUAACCAAGAGAAAGCACUGGCUUUUUUAGUAAGUCCUCAAAGCCUAAAAAGUAAAAGGACCUGUGGUUAUCUUGAAAAAAAAGAAGAAAAUUUUGGAUGCAUAAGAGCUGGAUGAUAACAAAAAUUAUGUCCAAAUGUUUUAUAUAAAUUAUAUCAGGAUGGGUUUCAAAAUCAUUGGAUUUAAUUUGAGAUUAGUGCAAUAUAAAUUUCUUAUAUUAUAUAUCACUAAUCUCAAAACAAAUUCAACUAUUCUAGAUGAAAUCUAGCGAUAUCCAGACAACUUUUUUUUUCCAUUAUAGUUGGAUUCAACCAAAGAUCCAGCUCUACCUUUCCCUCAUGAUCUUUUGGUUCAAAUCUCAUCUAUUUCUUAGUAAAUUUCAUCCUACAGAUUGAGGUGAUUAAAAAAAAACUAUUCAGCUAUGAAAUGGCCUGAUAAAUGUACAUGAUUAAUGUGUACAUUUAUGUAUAUAUUCUGCUAGGAUUUGUGACUUCUUCCCAAGGAAAGAACAAGCAUAGGCAAUUUAGUUUGUUGUAAAGAAUGAUGAAUGGUGUGCAUAAGUGUUUACAAGUAGAGGCUUCUCAACAUUUGCCCUAA